UAAGAUGAAAUUCAGGAAGAGUUUCAUUUAUUAUUUGACUUUGACAAGUAGUGUAGAUCGUAUGCAUAAGAUCGAUGUGGAAGCGCAGCUUUUUGAGCUGUUUCAAAUCGGGAUGCACUUUGAUGAAAUCAAAUUCUGUAAAUCUUAAUUCAUCGCGAACAUGUCGAAGAAGAGUUGUUGUAACGGGUAUUGGUAUGGUAUCUCCACUGGGAGUCGGUACAUUAAAAACUUGGCAAGCACUUAUCAAUUGCAAAUGCGGCGUGGUCAAGUUAGACAAUCCCGAGUAUGAAAAGCUUCCUUGUCGAAUUGCUGCAUUAGUUCCCAAAGGAAAUGGGCCAGGUGAAUUAAAUUUAAAAACAAUAUUUACAACAACUGAACUACGUACAAUGAGUCCUGCUACAGCCUAUGCAUUAAUUGCUGCUGAAGAAGCUUUAACUGAUGCUAAUUGGAAACCGAAAGAUGAGGAUGACAAGCGAGAUACUGGAGUUGCAGUUGGAAUAGGAAUGAUUGACCUAAUGGAUGUAUGUACAACAUAUGAAAAGUUAAAAAAAGGAUACAGUAAAAUUAGCCCAUAUUUUAUUCCUCGAAUUCUUCCAAACAUGGCUGCUGGUCAAAUCAGUAUUAAAUAUGGAUUUAGAGGCCCUAAUCAUUCUGUAUCAACUGCAUGUGCUACAGGAGCACAUGCUAUUGGUGAUGCUUUUCGAUUUAUACGUGGUGGGGAAACUAAUGUUAUGAUUUGUGGUGGAGCUGAAGCAUGUAUUAGUCCAUUAGCUGUUGCAGCAUUUUGUCGGUUACGAGCUUUAAGUACCUCAAGAAACAAUUUUCCACAAGAAGCAUCUAGACCAUUUGACAAAGAAAGAGAUGGUUUUAUUAUGGGUGAAGGAUCUGCUAUUUUAGUAUUAGAGGAGUUAAAUCAUGCAUUAGAAAGAAAAGCUCAUGUGUAUGCUGAAAUUUUAGGAUAUGGACUUUCUGGCGAUGCAAUUCAUUUAACCGCACCAAGUAAAGAUGGAACUGGUGCUUUACUUGCCAUGGAUAGGGCUUUAAAAGAUGCUGGUAUUGAUAUGAACAAAAUAAAUUAUGUUAAUGCUCAUGCUACCUCAACACCACUUGGUGAUGCUAUAGAAUUACGUGCUAUAGAGUCUUUAUUUGGUGAACACAGUAAAAAUAUAACUGUCUCUAGUACCAAAGGUGCACAUGGACAUUUACUUGGAGCAGCUGGAAAUCUUGAAGCAGCUUUCACAAUUCUUGCAUUACAAACAAAUAUAAUACCUCCAACUAUCAACUUAUACAAUGUAGAUAUGGAAACUAAUUUAAAAUUCGUUCCUAAUAAUACUAAAAAAUGGUCAAUUAAUUCUAAACGUAUAGCGUUAAAAAAUGCUUUUGGAUUUGGAGGAAUAAACGCAUGUCUCUGUUUGGCACAAUAUAUUGAUUAGUUAUUAAAUGUUGGAAAUUCGUAUCUGAAAUUC